CGGAUGGUGACCGGAUAAAAUAUGGCAGGCUGAAGCUGUGCGGUGCCAGUGGUAUCAAGUUGGUGGUUUUUCAUUGUACGAAAAUACCAGGCUCGUAGCCGAACCUAACAGGUUCGGAACUCUGCUACCAUAUAUCACAUUUCGCCUAUUGUGAGCAACAAGAAGAAAAAAAGGUUGACAUUUUACUUUAGCUCUAAGUUAUAGAAGAGAGGAUCGGAUGGCGCUAGUUUCUGGAGGAACUUCAAGGUUGAACCCGAAUGCCCCACUGUUUAUUCCAGCUGCUUUUAGGCAGGUGGUGGAUUUUUCCCCUGAAUGGUGGCAACUAAUUACUACCUCCACUUGGUACCGAGAGUAUUGGCUCAGCCAGCACCAGGGCGAGGAUGGUUUUUAUGACAAUGAUCAAGAUGAUUUGGAUUUUGACUCCACGAAUGUUGCUGACUUGCUCCCUGAUACUUUCGACCUUGAUGCUGGUGAAUUUUUCGCAGAUCACUUUGUUGACUUUGUUUCGUCUUAUGAAACUGAAGUCGGAAACGUCUCAUCCCCCCUUCCUGCAAAUGCUGGGUUGGAAAAGGAUGCACAAGUGUUGAAGAAUUUGCAGUCGUUGAAAUCUCCCAAGGCAGUGACCCUGGAGCCAGCAAAAUAUGCUGAGAAGGCACCCAAGUAUGUGAACCCAAAGCGCAGCCCCCGCUGCAUCCAGCAACCACGUUGAGAUGAUAUGGUUUUAGGCUUGAGUUUAUUCAACAGCCAACUAGUUUAAUGUAGUUUCCGCUUUCUGUAAUUGCUGUAUAGAGCAAGGUUGCAACUCUUUGUAUAACUCCUUGUUCAUUCUCACGUCUCUGUUUUUCAGUUAACCAAGGAAACCUUAAGAAAAAUGUAAAAGAAAUUACAAGUUUACAAAAAUGAGGACAAAAAAAUCUGUUUCAUCU